GUUGCUUCCGCUAGUGUCAUGAUGAUGGCUGGUGGAGGGGUUGGGGUUUUAUUCCUGCUGCUUCUCGCCGUUGUUGGGACGACGGGGCGGAUCCAUCACCUCACGCUUAAGGAUGAUACAAGAUCAAAAGUUCACUUGAACACCUUUGGCUUCUACACUAAUGGGACCUUGUUAGUAAACCUCACAAGUCUUCAGUUAAGAACAGACAUAGCCUUGGAGAAGAUUUUGAUUGGGUUCAGCUUUUCAAAGACGAAGACUGAUGGUGUGUCAGCAUAUACAGGGGACGACUCUGAUGUAUGUUCGCUGAGGAAGUACAACAAUCUUAUUGGUGAAUCCCUCACCCUGUUUAAGUUUAAUUUGAAGAACAAUACAGUCUCUAUGAAGAAAUCCAGUCAGCAAAGCAAGCUGUUGAUAUCAGUACUGAGUGAUGGGAAGGAUUUGAACCUUGGCGACACAGCAAGUGUAAAGAAAGACAGCAAACCAACGCAGGACAAAGAGCGAAAAGGAGAUGAGCAGAAGAUGUCAAGUUCAGGUAACACCAGAAGAAAAAGAGGAAAAGACGAUAAUAAGAACAAAGAACCAACAAAAGGAAAAGUGGAACCCACUAAACAGCAGGCAAAACCACAAACAUAUGAAGAAGUUUUUGAGCUGCGAAAAGAGAAUAGUUCCUACAGCUUCAAGUUCUCUGUGAAGAUUCCAUCCCAAAGUGAGGAAGGGCUUUAUACCCUCAGCUUUCACAAUUGCUAUGACACAGUUUCGGGGAGCAAGAUGGUUUCAUUCGACAUGACUGUUGAGAUCACGGCAAGAAAUCUUCAGAACUAUCUUUCUGCUGGAGAAAUCCCAUUACCACUGCUGUACUUGGUUAUGGCUGGGUUUUUCUUUACUGCAGCCUUGUUCUGGGUUUACCUACUUCUAAAGCACAGGUACAGUGUAUUUAAAAUCCACUGGCUGAUGGCAGCCCUGGCAUUCACCAAGUCCAUCUCCAUUCUGUUCCAUGCUAUAAACUUCUAUUUCAUUGCUGUCAAAGGAUCAGCAAUUGAAGGCUGGGCUGUGAUGUACUACAUUACCCAUCUGUUGAAAGGUGCCUUACUAUUCAUUACUUUGGCCCUGAUUGGCACAGGCUGGGCAUUUGUGAAGUACAUUCUGUCAGACAAAGACAAAAAGAUAUUCAUGAUUGUGAUACCCCUCCAGGUGUUAGCAAAUACAGCCUAUAUCAUCAUUGAGUCAACUGAAGAGGGGACAACUGACUAUGCACUGUGGAAGGAAAUCCUGUUCCUAGUCGAUCUUAUUUGCUGCGGGGCAAUCCUGUUUCCGGUUGUUUGGUCAAUCAGGCACUUGCAGGAGGCCUCAAGCACAGAUGGUAAAGCUGCAAUGAAUUUGGCAAAGCUGAAACUCUUCAGGCACUUUUAUGUCAUGAUUGUGUGCUACAUAUAUUUCACCAGGAUCAUCGCAAUUCUUCUCAAGUUCACUGUCCCAUUCCAGUGGCAGUGGAUGUAUAAUUUUCUAGUGGAGGUGUCAACACUGGUGUUCUUUGUACUGACUGGGUUCAAGUUUCGACCAGCCUCCAACAACCCCUAUCUACAGCUGCCACAGGAUGAGGAGGAUAUCCAAACGGAUGAAGUGCUGACCGAGUCGGGCUUGUUGGAAAGUGUAACGAAAGUGAAAAAGACCAGCAAUGGGCGCGAACUAAUUCGAGAUUCCUCAGUAUGAAAUCUGCCAUUUUUGGAUUGGUCAACUCCAUGGCAACGAGGCCUUUCGCCUUCACCUAGACAUUGGGAGAAAGAACUGGUACAGGAAUUCCCAGUGGAAAUUACUGGAUCCUGUUGCAAUUCCAGUUAGAUAACUGUUAAAAAGCAAAUAGUGGCUGAUUGAUCUGUACAUAUGUAAUACAUAAGAUAUAUCUUUCUAUAAUAUUCUAGUGAACUUUAUGACCAAACUCUUGGGAUAAGUGGAGAACAGUUUUGUCACAGUAAACUUCAUUCACUGUUUACAGUAAUUUCCCUUUGAAGUUUGUCUACUGUGCUUCAACAAGAAAACCCAGAGUUCUUAACUGCGAGCCACUGCACUUUUUUUCUGCAGCACCUUGUGCUGUGUGAUAACAUCCUCCUUAGCCUCACGUCUGCAUGGCCUUAUAUUUGAAGGAUGGCUUGCCCCAGUUAAUUAGUCGACAAGCUAAGUUUGCAGCUGAGAUUCUUGUACGGAAAACCUAACCAGAAACAGUAUCGCAGCAUGUAGACUUUAGUUCAGUUAUUUUGAAUCUGGUACUGGGGGCAUCAAUCCAGAAUCUAAUGGAGCAUUUUCAUUAUAACUUACCUUUUAAUGAUCUUUAUUUUGAUUGUAGUGGAAUGUUACUUUUUUUUUGGGAGUGGGUUUUAUAGAAGGAAGUGUUUAAAAACACAGCUUCUGAAAUCCUUCUUCACCUGAAGAAGGGUGAAAAUUACUUUUGGGCUCCAGAAACGGAGGUGAGACACUAUCCUUUUGCACAGGUGAAUUGUGGCUGAGCAGUAAUUUUCUCCAAGCAUCCCCAAUGUUGCAACAGCUUUGUUGUAUUCCUGAUUUCUGGAGGUUUGUAUAAAUAUGACGCAUUUUGUAAUAUUUUUCUUUGUAGUGACUUUAGAGCAGUUUUGUGCAGAAUUCCUGAUUUGCCUUUCCUGUCUUAGAAAGGGUUUGAGUCCUUGCAUCUGGCUGGUGUGAUAGGAAUUGAUAACUUGUGUAAAAAUUGAUGUUUAAGAAAACUGAGGGUAUAAAUAUUUAUAUAAUUUUCUUAUGAUCCAGUGUAGAAUUUAUAUUUAAAUAAACUUUGCUUUUAAAUUAGUGCUUAAAAUUAUGGGAUUCUUGAACUGUUCAAAACAUUUUUUAUAUUUUGUUCUCUCCAUUUCCUUCUCUUUCCUUGUGUUGCUCUCUCAGUAUUGUGAAAGGUCUUUAUCAGUCUCUCUGUUUCUUUCUGUCCAUCCAGCCUUUCUGAGUGGCCGUUCUUGUGCGAGGUUAGAUGAUGAGUUCUGAGUGGCUGCUAACCAGAAGCACAAGUGCCUUUUCCAGCAGUAUAUUCUCAAUCCUAACAUAUGGACCAAGAAAGCUGCCUUCUCUGGCUGUGGAAAGGUGGCAUUUCUGCAGCUGUAUCUUGUACAUAUAAGUUGCUAUAAUGUCCUGGUGCAUUUACUGAGUGCAGGUUUGUAGAGACCACAUUAAAGCAAUGAUUAAUGUCAUUAGAACCCAUUUUAAUUUAUGGAGCCCCAAAAUAUUGGGUUACCUGCUUGGUGUAUUUAUUUUCUCCAUACAAAUAAGUUUAUGCUUUGAAAUGAUUAAAUGUUGCUGUGAUAAGAUUUUGAUUUUAAAGAAAUAAAUUGUGUAACAUUGGA